AUGCCAAAGGACCGCCAGACAUGCACCGAGUGCUCUAUGCGCCGUCAGAAGUGUGAUCGCAAUAUCCCAUGCGGUCGCUGUGUCAAGCGAGGUGACGCCGACAAAUGCUCCCGAGAGUGGCCCGGCGGUGGCUACAAUCCCAAAGUCCAUCGUACCUAUCCUCGAUCAUCAACAGGGGCCGCUCACAGCCCAGACGGCAAAGAGCAUUCCCCUACAGAAAUCAAUAAUGAUGCAGAGGCUGGAAUCCACCCCUCACUACGAACCCCAGCAUCCACCUCUUCCUCAGGACCCAGUCCUCAAGUACACUCUCUGCCUAAGCCUCGGACCCAACCAAAUACCUCUAAGCAUACUAACACCCCCGGACCCCAGCAAACAGACACUCCCACCAAUAACGAUAGCGACACUACUGCUGUAUUAGAUUUUAUAACAUGGGGGCGGCCUAAAUUAUCGGAUUACGAUCUCAAGGCAUUGGAGUUGCUGAAAGAACCUCACCAGUCUGGCGGUGUUGCUGAUCGUAUCAAAGACCAUGUUCCAGAUUGGGAUGUGGCCAACUGUCUCGGAGGAACUGGAGUAGCACAGGUAUCCUUUCUGCAAAUGCUCCUCCCUUCACGCCGGCAAGUUUACCAGCUCGUUGAAUAUCACCUCAGCUCGAUUUUGUGGUAUCAUGGAUGUUUCCAUGGACCCACUUUAUACGAUGAGCUCAACGAAGCUUACAAAACUUCAGCUGGUCUUCAAAUCAGAGACUCGGAUAUGCGGUGGACUGGCCUUCUUUUCUCAAUCAUGGCUGGAAGCAUGACUUGUGCAAAUGAACAAUUGGCGCUCUCGUGGGGUUUCAAGAAAGGUGAGCGCGCAAAACUCACAAGACAGUGGUACAAGGCAACAGUGACCUGCCUGAACUUGUCGGAUUAUAUGUGGCGGCAUCAUGUAUAUUCGGUAGAGGCUAUCCUAACACUCACUAUGUCGGCCCAUGUACUCGGUUUCAGCAACACACAGAGUACCUUACUCGGGGCUGCGUUGAAGAUUGCUCAAGGGCUCGGUCUUCAACGCCUAGGUCCAGAAGACGAUGUCAACAGCCUGACAGGGGCAGCGAUCGUCACGACGCAUCCCUUACGCGAGAAGACUAUCAAAAGAGAAGUAGGAAGGCGACUGUGGGCUCAACUUUGCAUCCAGGAUUGGUUCUCGAUACCCUUUUCUGAAAUGUAUUCCAUUCAAAAAAUCCACUUUACCACCCUCAAGCCGAUGCACUGUGACGAGCACAUGAUGCAACCUCUCUCGGAAGAUGUCCCGAGUAUGACCAGCUUUCCUAACUUUUUAUAUUCCUUUGCGGAGUUGAUGCCUCAAAUACACGACGCCAUUGUCUCAUCGAAUACGCUGUAUACUAAAUAUGAACAAGUCCUUGACUACGAUGCCAAAAUGCGAACCAUGGCGACGGAAGGAUUACCUAAGUUCUUCUCCGUAUCGGAACCCAUAUCGAGUGAAUGGCCACAAUUUAUCCCCUGGGCGAGACGGGGGCUGACGAUAUGUUUCGCUCACAAGAUCAUCAUGAUCCAUCGAGCCUUUCUCGGAAGAAGCUUCACCGAGCCAGCAUUCGACUUCACCCGUCGUACCUGCAUGGCGGCCGCCAAGGCUAUCUUAAAGGAAGCCGUCCAGGCGUACGACGAAGAAGGCCCACUGCUGUGGAUCGACCAAGCCUUCAUGGUCGCCGCGGGAAUCACUUUGGCACUCGAUACGUUUCACCGUACCAAAAGCGAGCCCGAGCACGACGAACACCGCAAACUGGUCGAGAACACCAUCAGCAUGUUGUCGAAAUUCGAAUUCAGCAUGAUCGCGCUACGAGGCAUCCGGCUACUGUCGUCUCUACUCGCCGAACAGGCUCGACUCUGCGCCGACCAGACCCUAGAGAACUACCGCAAGCGAACAUUCGACUCCACCGCCGGUGAACACGGCGGUCCAAAACGACAAAAGUUCAACGUCCCGAAAUUUGUCGAGUCGUUUGUCGGCAACGACUCUUUCACCAAUUCACUAAGGACACCUCAUCGCGGUGCGGAGCCUUCAUUGGACCUGCAUGAGCCUUACUCAGACGCCCUUACACCUGCAGCGCAGGACCCAUUCAUCACGUCGGAUCUGGGGUACGAAACCUUCGAGCAGCUUUUCCCUCCGCAAACCGGCAUUAGCAAUAAUUUUCUCUUUGAGGAUCUCUUGAAUUUUGACAUAUGA